CCGUCACUCCCCCGUUACCCUCCGGGCACAGCGAACGAACAAGGAGCGCGCCUGAGCGUUUGUCUUUGCUCAGCAUAUCACAUAUGACCUGAGGGCGCUGAAGUCAAGGUCAGGCUCAAAACAUUUUGAUGACCCCUCAUGUAUAACCACACUGCUUCAGUUAUUCAGCACAACAAGCCCUUUCCUGCUGCUCUGACUUUAUUCGUGUAGACUGUCCAGAGUCCAUGAUCUUCUACAAUUUCUCCAAGCUCACCUGCCAAAACAAGAAAGGAUUUACAUUCCAAGAGACAAGUUCAAACACAUCUCCUUCCCUGUAUGUUCAAACAUGUCUCUUUACAGCUUUGGGCUUGAUCCUAUAUCCUGCCAUUCUUGGAACAAAGAUCGAACUCAAAUUGCCAUCAGUCCUAACAACCAUGAAGUCCACAUUUAUCAGAAAAAUGGGAAGGAAUGGGUAAAAAUCCAUGAACUAAGAGAACAUAAUGGUCGCAUAACUGGUAUUGACUGGGCUCCAGUAUCUAACCGCAUAGUGACAUGUGCUUCAGACCGAAAUGCAUAUGUAUGGAGUCUAAAAGAUGGAGUGUGGAAGCCAACUCUUGUAUUAUUGCGAAUUAACAGGGCUGCUACCUGUGUUAAAUGGUCUCCCCAAGAAAAUAAGUUUGCUCUGGGCAGUGGGGCUCAGAUUAUUUCCAUCUGCUACUUCGAAAAAGAAAAUGACUGGUGGCUAAGCAAGCAUAUUAAGAAAUCCAUCAGAUCCACAGUGUUGAGUCUAGAUUGGCACCCCAAUAACAUUCUGCUUGCUGCUGGAUCCUCGGACUUUCAGUGCAGAAUAUUUUCGACUUAUAUCAAGGAGAUUGAGGAGAAGCCUGGGGCCACUGCUUGGGGUAGCAAGAUGCCAUUUGGAGAGAUGAUGUUUGAGCAUGGUGAUAGUGGAGGGUGGGUGCACAGUGUUUGUUUCUCUCCUUCAGGAGACUCCUUGGCAUGGACCAGUCACAACAGCACUGUCAAUGUUGCUGAUGCAAACAAAGGCAAGAGCAUUACUCAGUUCAAGACAGAAUUUCUCCCUCUCCUGUGCUUGCUUUAUGUCAGUGAAACAGAAAUAGUGGCAGCGGGUCAUGAUUGCAAUCUAUUCCAGUUUUCUUAUACCGCACCAGACAAUUUAGAGUUUGUUGGGAAAAUUGAUGGUCAGAAGCAGAACCUGAAGGGAAAUGUAUCAGCUAUGCAACACUUUCGUAAUCUGGAUAAGAAAGCAACCAAAGAAAAUGAUAACACCGAUCUGGAGACAGUACAUCAGAACAGCAUCAGUCAAUUAUGCAUUGUGGAAGGAGAUAAGUCAAAGGUCACCAAGUUCAGUAGCAUUGGUAUGGACGGAGCUAUGGUCAUCUGGGAUUUCAAGCUCUAAGAAGAAGAUGCAGUUCCCAGAAAGAAGACAGCUAUAUGUGCUGGUUCCAAAGAUGUUAUGCUGAAAUUUGAAACAAAACACCUAUCUGUUGGAUAUUAUUUGUUGGACAAUUGUUUUUAAGAAAGUGUAUGUUUUUUGUGCAUAGAAUGUAUUAACUGGGGAAAGGAAAAUUUUGAUUAUCACAAGAAUGAUCUGUGUCAUAAAAUAUGCCAAAAAAUGUAAUUUCCUUUACAGCAGGAAUGAGUAAGUUUGCUCCUCAAAUCCUGAGGGCAGGUUUUUGUUGCUACCAAUCCCCUUGUCGGCGCCUCAUUAGAUUAGAUAAACUUUCAUAAUUAAUUUCUAUAAACAAGCUCUUUGCCUAAUUAAUUUUAUGGUUUAGCUAUUUCUCAAUUCAAAGCUCUUGGUAAUGAGAGUUUUAUUUAACAUGCCAAUGUGUGAACAGUUAUGAGCACCUCUUAGGACACAAAAAUCUAAUUUUUACAUUCUCCUGUGGCCUAUCAUACAAACUGGCCAUACUUCAGAUAGAUCUAAAUUUUAAUCAUUGCCAAACUAAACAGAUUAAAUACAGCUAAAUAAUCCGAAAAAUAAAACUAAAACUGGACAUGUAGCUUAUAGUGCCAGUUAUUUUCUAAAGCAAAAAUCAGGACAAAUGUUAGUAGAAAUUAAAUAAGUUUCAAACAGAAAUUAUACAAAGAUAAAAUGUUUUGUACCAGAA